ACAACUUGAGCUGUUCGUUCUCAGUCACCAUUAUCCAGACGAGCUAGUCCUUUUCAUUUUUGUCCGUCGCCUCGCAUCCGCCAUGCGCUAGACGUGGGAAUGUGCCCGUCGCGGGCACAUCCACUCUCCACGCCACAUCCUCUCUCGGCGGCACAUUAGAUUCGUUCCGCACAAACCCGCGAGCUGUUCUGUCCUCCUGUUUUUUCCCGCCAUGGCACUCUGGCGGAUUCAGGCGCUGCUGGGCACGACGCUCGCGCUGCUGGCGGGGUCGUUCAACGCGGGCAGCAUAUCCACCAUGGCGGAGGCGGGAUCGCAGUUCGGCGCGCAGCUGGCGUGGGCGUUCGCGUUCGCGCACGGCGUGACGCUGCUGCUCAACCUGCUCGCCAUGCACGUCGCCUUCGUCACGCGCAAGUCGCUGCCACUCGUGAUCGUGCGCGAGUAUCCGCGCGCGUUUUGCCGCCUCGUGUGGCUCAUCUGUGAAGCGUCAGUGCUCUGGUUCGACCUCGUCACGGUGCUGGGCAGUGCGGUGGCGCUGCAGCAGCUUCUGGGGGUGCCGUUGAAGGCGGCGCUGCUGCUGGCGGCGGGGUCGGGCGUGCUGCUGCUGCAGCUGCCCAUGGACCAGGCGCAUCAGGUGGUGUCGGUGUGCGUGGCGUGCCUGCUGCUCACGCUGCUCUGCGUCGCCCUGCAGUGCGUGCUGGCGGGCCCCGCCUUCCUGCUGGCGUCGCUCUCCUCCGCGCUGCUGCCCGCCAUCCCGCCCUCCUCACUGCACCUCGUGCUCGCUGCUGUCGGCGCCCUCGCCCUGCCGCACCGCUUCCUGCUGCUCUCCAGCCUCGUCAUCCAGGACGACCCAAGUGCAGACGACCUCGCACAGUCACCACCUGCCACGUCAUCACCCCGUGGCCCCUCCGACUCUUCCUUCCUCCCCCCAGACGCCCCCCUCGCCCCAGCCUCCCCCUCCUCCCCCUCGUCCCUGUCCGCCUCCUCUUCAUUCCGCGCGUCAGCGCCAUCCCCCCUGCAGCAGCAGUACCGCCGCGACUUCAUCCGCGCGCAGCUGCUGGCGGCCGCCGCCACACUCGCUGUGCUGCUGGGCGCUGCUGCCGUGGGGCAGGGCGGGGGCGAGGGGGAAGGGGCAUGCGCGGACGAGGAGUUUCAGGGCAUGGGGGGCGGAGAUGGGGGGGAGGGCGGAGCAGGGCGGGUGGUGCGGCUGGGGGGCGCGUACCGGCUGGUGGAGCAGGUGCUGAACGCCAAGGUGGCGCCCGCCUUCUUCUCCCUCGCGCUGCUCGCCUCCUUCCACCUCUCCUCCCCCACCAACACCUACGCCGGCCAGCUCGCUGCCCGCACCUUCGCCCUGCUGGACCUGCGCCCCGCGCAGCGCUUCCUCCUCACGCGCGCGCUCACCCUCCCCCUGCUGCUGCUGCUCUCCCUCGCCCUCGGCGACGCCGCCACGCUCCUCCUGCUCUCCCACUCGCAGCUCCUCCUCGCGCUCCUUCUGCCCCUCGCCGCAGUCCCUCUCGUCCGCCUCGCCUCCUCCCCCGCGCUCAUGGGGCGCCACCGCAUCGGCCCCGCUCUCGAGCUCACCGCCUGGGCCGGGUGCCUGUCUGCAUGCGCGCUGACUGUCUGGUUCCUGGGGGACGCGCUCCUCCGCUUCGCCACAGCAGAGGGCGCCGCAGGGGGCGCGGAGGGCGACGACAUGGGUGGCAUGGGGCUGUGGGAGUGGGCGCUGGCGGGGGAGUUCCUGGGCGCGCAUGGGGGUUACGAGGACGGGGAUGCAGAGGGGCUGGCCGUGGGGCUCUCGCCCUCCGCUGUGUGGCGCAACGUGCGGCAGCUGCUGGGCGUGUUUGGGGGCACGGCGCUGGUGGGCGGCAUGGUGGGCGGGCUGCUGUGGCUGAUGGUGCUGCCGCUGCGCUCCGAGGACGAGCAGCAGCACCGCCUGCUGCUGCAGCAGCCCGCCACGCCCUCCCUCUCCGCGCCCUCCCCCUCCUCCGCCUCUUCCGCGCCUGCCUCUCUGCGCCGCCCGCGCCCCGCUCCCCUGGCGGCAGCGCAGGGCAGGCGCGGGGGCGACGCCAGGUGGGGGGGGAAGAAGGAGGGGAGGGGGGCGGGGGGGGCGACGUGGGAGCUGCCUCGGCCGAACGCGUCCCCAGUGUCGGUGCCGCUGCCCUUGCUGCUGGGUGACGCGGACCGGGACGCGGACGCAGCGGAGGGGGGCUCGUGGAACAGCGCGCUCAGGAGGAGGGCUCAGGCGCAGCAGCGGCAGCAGGGGCAGCAGCGGCAGCAGGGGCAGCAGGGGCAGGACAGGCAGGUGGCGGGAGAGGGUGGGAGGGUUGGUGCAUCAGACGGAGUAGGCGUGUAUGGUGGCAGCAGUGGCGGCAGUGGUAGUGGGGACGGGGAGGGCAAGAGGGUGCAGCGAGCAGCGUCGGCGUCGGGGUAUAUGGAGGGGCGGGCGGGCAUGGUGGCAGCAGUGGCUGAUGAGUGGGUGCAGACGAGCGAGGGGGGCAUGAAGGCAGGCCCGCAUCGGGGGGAGACACCCCCCGGCCCCGCUGCUGUGCCUGCUGUGCUUGCUGUGACAGCGGCAGCAGCAGCUGCAGCAGGUGCGGCAGCAGUAGCAGCAAGUGCAGAGGCUGGGAAGGCAGCGGAAGAGAGGCGCGGCCGAGGCAAGGCGGCUGUGGGUGGUGGCGAGCCCAUGGUGGCUCACGGGGUGGAAGGCGAGGGGCGUAAGAGUGAGCGUGUGCCGCUGCCGGCACCCGCACAGGUUACACCCGCACAGGUUACACCCGCACAGGCUACACCCGCACAGGCUGCACCCGCACAAGCUGCAACAACCGCUCCGAUUUCAUCUGCUGUCAAGGUUUCGACUGCUGACAAGAUUUCAUCUGGUGACAAGGUUUCAACUGCUGACAAGGUUUCAACUGCUGACAAGGUUUCAUCUGGUGAAACGGUUUCGUGUGUUGAGGAGGUGUCAUGCUUGACCGAUGCAGCGCCCAUGAUGGGGGACGCAGCGGCCAUGCGCGGAGACGAGGGCGCGGAGGGGCGCAAGAUGGGGGACGCAGAGGAGGGCAGGGAAGGGGUGAUAUCAGGAGAGGAGGGAGCGUUGGGCGAGGGAGGUGAGGAAGCAGCAGAGGAGGGCAGGGAUGGGGAGGAAAGGGAGGAGGAGGAGGAAGAGGAGGAGGAGGAGGUGGAGGUGGUUCCCCUGGAUAGAGCGCCCACGCUGGCGGAUGGCAUGGGCAGCGGCACACGUGGCAGAGGCAGGGGCGGUGGGCGGGAGGACAGUGGCAGGGGGAUUGGGGAGAAUGGGGUCGCAGCACGGCUCAGCGAGGGGGACGCGGAGGGCGGGGAGGUGAGUGAAAUGGGGGGAGAGGGGGGCGGAUUGCGGGAGCCUGGAGAGAAGGAAGAGGAGGGAGGGGAGGAGGAGAGGCGGGAUGCUGUUAUAGCUGCAGAGCAGGCAGGUGAGGGAAAGAGUGUGGCAGAGAGUGCAGGUAUGGCGCAAGGGAGUGUGGAGCAAGGAGAGGAGGGAGGGGCGGGAGAGGAAGCACAAGGAAAGGAGGGAAGGGAAGGAGAAGAAAGGGGAGGAGCAGAGCGUGAAGUUUUAGUGAAGGCUGGCGAGGACAGUGAGAUGAGUAUGUCGAUGGGCGAUAGCACCGGGAGUGGGAAUGGGGAGGGGCAGGAUGGACGGGAGAAGGAGGUGGAGGCGACAGGGGGAACGGUGGAGGAAAUGGAGAUGAAGGAGGAAGGGGAGAUGGGAGUGGGUGGGGAGAAGAGGGAGGGUGGAGAAAUGCACGUGGAGCAAGGAGUUGGGGAAGAUGCCAAUGCGAGGGAGGCGAGGGAGGCGAGGGAGGCGAGGGAGGCGAGGGAGGCGAGGGAGGCGAGGGAAGCAAGGGGGGCAGCGGAGGACCAAGUGGUAGAGGGCAGGCGAGAGGGUGGGGCGGAUGGGGCGGUGGCGCAGCGGGGAGAGGGUGUGCAGGAGGGGAGAGGGGCGGGGGCGGAGGGGAAGCAGGAGGUGCGGGAGCAGGUGCAUGUGCAGGUGCCGGCACCAGUGCCUGCGGCAGGGGUUGUGGCAGAGGCAGUGGAUGCGCGUGAGGGGGGCUGUGAGGCGAGCGAUGUGGGUCCCACGCAUGCAGCCAUGGCCGAAGAAGAGUCUCUGGGCGAGGAGCAAGGAGGGCAUGCCGUGGGCAAUGCAGGCAAGGAGGAGCGGGAGGGUGGGGCGGGGAGAGGGGAGAGGCGGGCAGAGAGGGAGGCAGCGGAGGAGGGGCUGGUGGCAGGGGGCAGCGCGGAGGCGAAGAGGCCCAGGGUGGGCGAGGGCGAUGGGGGGCACAAGGAUGGCGGGGUAGGGGCGGAGGGUGCGGGGGAGAUGGAGGUGGAGAAGAGGGUAGUGGCCGUGGGAGGGGUGGUGGCCGUGGGGGGAGUGGCGGCAGUGGGAGGGGUGGUGGCCGUGGGAAGCAGUGCAGGCGAGGGGGGUGGGGUUGAGGGCAUGGCAGUAGCAGCAGAGCCGCCGCCAGAGCAGGCGCCGCCUGUGCCUGCUGCUCUCUCUGCGACCGCCGCCUGUGCUGCAGCAGCAGUGCCGGCACCACCUGUGGCAGCAGCAGCGGCAGCUAUAGUAGCAGCAACGGGUGCAGCAAGCAUGGCAGCAGGUGCGGAUGCGGGCAGGCUGGAAGCGGUGAAACCGCAGCAUAGCCAGCACCACCACCAGCACCAGCACCAUCAGCAGCAGCAGCAUCACCUGUCCCGUUCCAACCUGUCCAAGUCCCCCCCUCCCUUGGACUCCGCCCCCCUGCUCCCCGCGCCUCUGCCUGUCUCCCGCACGCCCUCGCCCCCGUCCGCCCCCACUGCGCCCUUCCCCGGGCCCCCCAGCAGCGUGGGCAGUCCGUGUGGGUCGGGAUCACUCGUUGACCUCCUGCACGGGCACGCGAACCACCGCGCACACUCCUCGCUGCUCUCCGCUGCUGCUGCCACUGCUGCCAGGGGCAGUGACGGCGAUGGGCUGGGUGCCUUGCCUCCAGGGCUUGGGGGGGGGGGCAUGGGCGGCAGUGGCAGCAUGGGUGGCAGUGGCAGUGGCAGCUUGUCGCGCGUGUCUGGCUUGGGUCGGGGCGCGCGGCGGCAGUUCGCGGCGAUUCUGGACGACUUCUGGGGUGGGCUGUUCGACCUGCAUGGCCAGCCCGUGCCGCUGCCCGCUGCCCGCACUGCUGCUGGCGGCGGCAAGGGCGGGGGCAAGGGUGCAGGGGAUGGGGGCAAGGGGAGGAGAGGCGGGGCGGAUCACAUUGGGGGUGUGGGAGGGGCGGCAGGCAUGGGAGUGGGGGCAAAUGCAAGCUCUGGCAUGCUUGGUGCUGCUGGCGGUGGUGCUGGUGCUGCCGCUUCAGCUGCCAGUGGACCGCCUUUCCCACCGGCCUUGCCCUCAGAGGACCAUCUCUUCUCCCCCGACCCUCUCCCCGGCUCGCUCCCCCUGCCUCUCACCCGCCGCACCUCACUCGAUGCCUCCUCUUCCUCGUCCUUCCCCCUGCACGACCCCUUCCUCUCGCACGACCCCUUCUCCUCCCGCCCUGCCCUCUCCCGCCCGUCCCCCUCCAUGUCCCCCCUGCUCCCCUCCGCCCCCCCCCGCCCCCCCUCGGAGCGGCAGUACAGCACGCUAUCUCACCUGCCCAAGUUCUCGGACCUGCCCCCCCAGCAGCAGCACUCGCUGCUGUCCGCGCAGCCCUUCCUGCCCUCGCUGCCCUCGCUCUCCUCGCCUGGCGCCACCCCCAGGGACGUGGAGGGGCCCAGCCGCUCCACGCCCAACCUCUAUGCUGACCUGCUGGCGCAGGGCUAUGGGGGGCGGGCGGGCAUGGGAGGGGGAGCAGGGAUGGGGCAGGGCGCAGGGAGGGGUGCGUUUGGCGCCGUUGGGUCGCCUGCCAUGGGCCUGGCGUCGUCCCCUGCUGCUGGGCUGCUGGGUGGCGCCAGGGCUGCUCCCUUCACUCCCCAGCACCCCUCAUCCUCCUUCUUCUCCUCCCCGCCGCACCCACAGCAGCAGCAGCAGCAGCAGUGGCAGUGGCAGCAGCAGCAGGCGCAGCAUAUGGAUGGCAUGGGCAUGGGCAUGGGCAUGGGCAUGGGCAUGGGCAUGGGUGUGGGUAUAGACAUGGGCAGAAACGAGCGCCUGAAUCAGCUGGCGCAGAGCUAUGCCAGUUUUGGGCCAUCCGAGGCCAUCACCGGCACCAACCCGCACGCCCUCCCCCACUCCCACAUGCACCAGCUGCUCGGACCCUCCCCCUCCGCUCCUCCCGGCUUCCCCUUCCCCCGCCACCCCUCCCCGCCCGCGCCCACAGCAGGGCCGCCAUGGGGGGCAGGGGCAGUGGGGGCGGGGAGAGGGGGGGCGGAGUGGAUGGGCGAUGGGGGCAGCAGUGGCGGUGGCAGCACGUUUGGGGGGCCUGGUAACCACUUGGAGUGGCAGCAGCAGCAGCAGCAGCAGCAGCAGCAGCAGCAGCAGCAGCAGCAGCAGCAGCAGCAGCAGCAGUACGGGCAGGGGUUGGGGCAGCAUGGCAUGGCUGCUGUGAAACCCAUCGGGCCCCCCACCCACCGCCUGCAGCUCGAGCAGCAGGGCAGCAGCAGCAGCAUUGGCAGCAGCACCGACAGCAGCAGCACGGCGCACUCCUCCCUGUGGUCCAGCAACCCCCGCGACAUGCUGUUCGGCACUCACUCCGGCCCCAUCUCCUCCUCCUCCCUCUCCUCCUCGCCCUCCUCCUCCACCCCUCCCUCUGCCCUGCCCACUCACCUCCAACCGAACAAACCCGCACCGUCAACCUCGCCUGGCCCCCCCAAGGCAGCGGCAGCGCCCCCGUCAGACGAGGAGCGGCGCAUGGACCGCCUGCGCGCCUGCCUGCACCGCCUGCUGCGCCUGGACGGCAGCGACUGGCUCUUCCGCUACGACACGGGCAGCGACGAGGACCUCGUGGCCGCUGUCGCGUACCGGGAGAAGCGCCUGGCGGGGGACGUUGCUGCCGCUGUGGCCGUGGGGCUGAGCGCGCACGGGGGGGGCGGAGGGGGCAGUGGGAGCGGGAAGUGGGGGGGGAUACUGGAGGGGCAUGCGCAUGGGGGGCAGGGAGGGGGCGGGGGGGGAGGAGGGGGAGGGAAGGAGGCGGAGAUGGAGCUGCCGCCGUCGAUAUGGGGGUGUGGGGCGCAGUGCGUGUGGGGCCCGCUGCUGGUGGUGUCGUUUGGCGUGUGGUGCGUGCACCGCGUGCUCGAGCUCUCGCAGCUGGAGAGCCGGCCGGAGCUGUGGGGCAAGUACACCUACGUGCUCAACCGCCUGCAGGGCAUACUGGACCCGGCCUUUUUCCGUCCUCGCACCACGCCGCGCCUGUGCGCGUGCUACGGCGACCGGGCGGGCCUGCCUGCCCUCUCAGCGCAGGCGGCGUUCCACGGGGCGCUGCUCUCCGCCAUGCUCGGCGCCCAGCUGCCCCUCGCCAACCCCUCCUGGCCCCUGGGCGCGCCCCCGGGGCAGCCCAAGCCGGCGUCCGCGUCGCUCUUCCUGGAGCGCAUCCGCGAGGUGGAGGUGGCGGUGGGCGCGCGCAAGGGGCGCACGGGCACGGCCGCAGGGGAUGUGGCGUUUCCCAAAGGCAAGGAGAACCUGGCAUCCGUGCUCAAGCGCUACAAGAGACGCCUGGGGGGCAGGCCGUCGGGGGGGCAGGGGGGAGCAGGUGGGGGGGCAGGGCAUGCAGGUGGGGGAGGAGGGGGAGGAGGUAGGCGAUAUUGAGGCGGGCGGGUGGGGGGAGGCGUUUCAUUGGAGUGCAAUGGAGUUUAACCAGGCAUGCAGACGUUAGCACGGGUCCAGCAGGGAAUGAUGGCCUUCACCCAUGCCAUGAGUGACGACGACAGAUCAACAUUAUUGCGCAUGGAUGGAUUGUUUCGUUGGUGAGAUCUGUAACAUGAUGAUACCCGCAAUGCUCAAUUGCCUUCUGCAUUGUGUUUUCAAUGGUCCUGUUUGAUCAUUGGCUAUGCCGUUAAAGUAGCUCUAGGCUAGGAUACUAGGCAGGAACAAGGCCGCCAUGAAUGUGGCGGCGGGGUUUAGCUAGGAGCUGGACGAGAGUGUCGAGAGAGAAGAGAGAUUGGAUUAGGAAGAGAGAGGAGUACAAGGAGGGGUUUGUACCC